AUGUCUAUGAAUACUAAACAGAGGACUGGUGGCAGAUACUUCUAUGAUGUGAAAAGAGAAGUGUACAAUGAAGAAUCUUUUCAAAAAGAACAUAGAAGGAAAGGACCAUCUUCAGGGAAUGUAGACAUCAAUAUCACCACGAUCAAACACAGAGUGCAGUGCCGGUGCUCGUGGAAAAGGUUUAAAAAUAUCGCUUUUGGCAUCUUUCCCAUCCUAGAAUGGAUGUAUGUAUACCGAUUCAAGGACUGGCUUCUUGGAGAUUUACUUGCUGGCUUAAAUGUUGGCCUUGUACAGGUUCCCCAAGUAUCUUCCACAGGUUGCCAUGUGUUAAUAACAAGUGGCUCUAUUGUGGAGGGAACAAAAAAUCUCAACAAUGUUCAUUGGAGGCACAAUUCACAACAGCAAUGUUUGAUACUUGCUGUGCUAAUAAGGAUGCUGAUCCCACCCCUCAAUAUUUCCUAUGCUUCUUUUUGUUGCUCAUUGAUCUAUAUCAUUUUUGGAACAUCUCAUCAUAUUUCUAUAGGAAACUUCUUCCUUGUGAGUGCAUUGACAGUGAAUGUCCUAAAAAGAAUACUAUUCAAUUCUGGCCACCUCCUGAUGGGAACCUUUGUCAGGGGUGACUUUGAAGAUCCAGCCUACUCUGUGGAUUAUGAGAGGGCCCUUGCUCUCAUGCAAGCUGUAACCUUUCUGACUGGGCUUAUCCAGCUGCUGAUUGGAGUGCUAAGAUUGGAUUUCUUCACCAAGUACCUGCCUGAUACCUUAAUUAAUGCCUACUUGGCAGCCACUGCACUUCAUGUCAUGAUGUCCCAGCUGUGCUUCAUCUUUGGGAUUAUGGUUCGUUUCCACUGUGGUGCUAUCUCCUUCUUUUAUAACCUAGUUAACUACUGCAUAGCUCUUCCAAGAGCCAAUUCCACCAGCAUCCUGCUCUUUCUGAUUUGUAUGGUGGCUUUGAGAGUCAACAAAUGUAUCAAGAUCUCUUUCAAACGCUAUCCCAUCGAAUUUCCCAUGGAAUUCUUACUGAUUGUCUGCUUCACCAUCAUUGCAAACAAGAUUCACAUGAACACUGAAACCAGCAAAAACAUUGUUGAAAUGAUUCCUUACAGUUUCCUAUAUCCUGAACCAGUAGAGUUGGGACUUUUGCAUUAUGUUGUGUGCCAUGCACUCUCCCUGUCCAUUGUGAGCUAUGUUCUGCUCCUCUUUACAGGCAAGAAGCUUGCUUCCUUGCAUAAUUACAAUAUCAAUCCUAAUCAGGAGUUGGUAGCCAUUGGCUUGUGCAACCUUAUCAGCUCAUUUUUCAAAUGUUUUGUGUUUACUUCUGAUAUUGCCAGAACAGUCAUCCAAGAGAAAUCAGGUGGGAGACAACAGUUUGCAGCCCUGAUUGGUGCAGGCAUAACAUUGUUGGUGAUGCUCCCAAUGGGACAGAAUUUCCUUUCUUCCCAACAGGCUGUACUAGCCGGUAUUGUUUUAAGCAAUGUCUUGCCCUUCCUUGCAACUAUCAUGGACCUUCCUGAUCUGUGGAAACAGAACCAGCAUGACUUUGUGAUUUGGAUAGUGACCUUUCUGUCGGUGCUCUGCUUGGGACUGGACAUUGGGCUGCUUAUUUCAGUGGUAUUCACCUUCUUCAUCACCACUGUCCAGUCGCACAGGGCUACAGUUCUUGUCUUGGGACAGAUUCCUAACACAAACAUUUAUAGAAGUUUUGCUGACUAUCGAGAGGCUGUGUACAUUCCAGGGGUGAAAAUUUUCCAGUUCUGCACUGCCAUCACUUUUGUAAAUGUUGAAGAAAUCAAGCAUGCACUGUUAAAAGAGGUGGAUCUGAAAACUGUGCCUCUUUCUGAUGAAGACUUGAGACUCUUGUUCAGUGAAAACAGGUCUGAAAAUGGUGAAGCUAUUUUUAAGUGUUCCUGCAACUGUGAUGAACCAGAACCACCCCCCAGGAUUGCUUACACGGAACACCUAGAGAAUAAAAGUGAAAGUGAUGGAUCCUCUGUUGACUUGUUCAAUUGCUCACCAUUUGAAGGUCCCAACACAAGCCGUAGUAUGUCUGAAGAGCAGAUGGCUUACAUGAUGAGCCAUAGCAAUUUAAGACACUUAAUAUCAAAGGAAGAAAUAGAGAAAAUCUGGGAUCCCAGCCAUUCCACAAUAAAUAGUUCUGGAGCUCAACUCUUAAUGCCUUCAUCAUCAAAUGCUGAACAUGGUGAAAGUCACCUUAGGAACAAACAUGAGCCUGGAAAGCUUAGUUCUGAUGUAUCUUUUAUAUCAACUAUCCACACUAUCAUCCUGGAUUUCACCAUGGUAAAUUUUGUAGAUGUAAAGGCCACACAAGUAAUAAGACAGAUCUGCAAUGCAUUUUACAACAUUGAUGUAUUAGUUCUCCUAGCAGGGUGUCAUCCAAUGAUCGUUAAAACCUUUGAGAGGAAUGAUUUCUUUGAUACUGGCAUUACCAAAGCCCAGUUGUUCCUUAGCCUUCAUGAUGCUGUUCUUUUUGCUCUUGGGAAGAAAUUCUUAGAGACUGCUGAUGAUGAACAAGAUUAUAUAAUGAAGGGCACACUGAAUUCUCUACCCUCCAGUCAAAUAUUGGAAUCAGAAUCAAGAAAGAAUCUUUUCUCAGCAUCUCCCAAGGGGAAGUCACGCCGUUCUGAACAGAGAGAAGGCUCACCAUUGCUAAAGAAAGAGCAAUUUUCCCCAGUUCUCUACCCGGAAGAUACACAGCUGGAAAGUAAAGAUCUGGAUGAAAGGGUGUUGUUAGAGACACAGAUGGAUCCGGACUUCGAGGUUCAGCUAGAUCUGGGGCCAGAUCUUGAUUUUGAUCUACAUCAAGAAACUGAGACUGAUCCCGAGUUUGAGAUUGAGACACGACAUGCUAUAAAUGUCUCAGAUUCAGAUUCAGAACGUCAAGGUGAUGAUCAGUUAUAUAGCAUGCCACGCCAGAGACCAUACUACUUUGAUAAUAGGGAUACCCAAAAUAGGGAUUUCCAUGAUAUCUGGAGCCAGGACUGGAAAUACCUGAAUAAAUCCUAA